CGCGCGGCGCGCUUCUUGCUGGGUCUGCCCGGGUCGCUCUCGGCAUGGAGGAUAUUUACGCCAAAUUUGUGUCUCAGAAAAUCAGCAAAACCCGCUGGCGACCGGUGCCUCCCGGGAGCCUGCAGACCGCGGAGACGUUCGCUACAGGCUCUUGGGACAAUGAGGACAAUUACGUCUCCCUGUGGUCUAUUGGAGAUUUUGGAAACGUGGAUUCUGAUGGAGGCUUUGAAGGAGACCAUCAAUUAUUGUGUGAUAUCAGACACCAUGGUGAUGUCAUGGAUUUACAGUUUUUUGACCAGGAAAGAAUUGUAGCUGCUUCAUCAACAGGAUGUGUAACCGUUUUCCUUCACCAUCCAAAUAACCAGACCCUGUCAGUGAGCCAGCAGUGGACAGCAGCUCACUACCACACAGGUCCUGGCAGUCCUUCCUAUAGUGGUGCACCAUGCACAGGUGUUGUAUGUGACAACCCAGAAAUUGUCACAGUUGGAGAAGAUGGUCGAAUAAAUCUCUUCAGACUUGAUCACAAGGAAGCUGUAAGGACUAUAGACAAUGCAGAUAGCAGUACACUUCAUGCUGUAACCUUCCUUCGAACUCCUGAGAUUCUUACAGUAAAUUCAAUUGGACAGUUAAAAAUAUGGGAUUUCAGACAACAAGGAAAUGAGCCCUCUCAGAUAUUAUCACUGACUGGUGACCGUGUGCCGCUUCACUGUGUGGACAGACAUCCCAACCAGCAGCAUGUGGUUGCUACUGGUGGCCAGGAUGGAAUGUUGAGUAUUUGGGAUGUUCGACAAGGCACUAUGCCUGUAUCUCUCCUAAAGGCACAUGAAGCUGAAAUGUGGGAAGUUCACUUUCACCCAUCCAAUCCAGAUCAUCUGUUUACUUGUUCUGAAGAUGGAUCCCUCUGGCACUGGGAUGCCUCUACAGAUACACCCGAAAAGUCCUCGCUCUUUCACCAAGGAAGAACCAGUACUUUUCUUUCUCACAGCAUUAGUAACCAGGCAAAUGUUCACCAUUCUCUUACAAGUUCCUGGCUCAGCACUGAUCCUGCAAAAGACCGUAUUGAGAUCACAAGUUUACUGCCCAGCCGGACUUUGUCUGUAAACAGUUUGGAUGUUUUGGGUCCUUGUCUUGUUUGUGGAACUGAUGCAGAAGCAAUUUAUGUCACCAGACAACUGUUUUCCUAAAAGUACUGCAGUUACAGGAUUCCAAGUAAAACAUACAGUUCUCUGAAUUCCACUGUACAAAAUUUUAUUAUCAGAAAAUGCAGUAUUUGUGGCAAAAACAUUAGUAAACUAUUGUUAAUGUUGAUGCCCAGUCUUGACUUUCAUUUUUGGAUUCUUCUACAUCAGUUGCUAAAGAUUUUGGAACACAUGAAAAAGCACCAGUGAUCCUUGUGUUGAUAAACAUUGCCUUCAAGCAGACUAUUACUGACAGCUGAUGGAACUAGCGCUUCAUUUUUGGUGUUGUGGUGUUUAAAGCUGUCAAACCAUCAAUGAGUUCUUGUAAUUUGGAGUAUGCCACCCCCUAGUGGCAUUCAAUACUGUUAAUUUUUUUCUUUUUUUAAUGCAGUACUGGGGACUGAACUCUAGAUUUAGUAGGCAUUAUUCUAACUCUUGAGUUAUAAUUGUCAGUCCUUUUCUCUUUUCUCUCCCUCUCUCCUCCCUUCCUCUCUUUUUUUUCUUUUUAUGUUGGUCCUGGGGCUUG